AUGUCGCAUCAAUCAGGAAUUACAGCAAGUGAUUCAUUACGUGAUAAAUUUGCUGAUAUGAAAGAUGGACAUAUUCGACUGGUUGUUGUUGCCAUUGAAAAUGAAAAACUUGUUGCAAAAGAAGAACAUAAUGCUGUACGAACAUUUACUGAAGAUUUUGAUCAAAUGAUUCCACCGUUAGUUCAAAAAAAUCGUCCAGCUUAUUAUUUUAUUCGUCUUGAUACAAUAAGUGAAAUAAGUGGUCAUAAUUGGUUAUUAAUUGUUUAUAUACCAGAUGAAGCUCGAGUACGUGAACGAAUGUUAUAUGCAUCAACAGUUGCGACACUUAAACGAGAAUUUGGUUUAACAUAUAUCACUCAAGAAUUUCAUGCAUCUUCUAAAAGCGAAAUGACAAGCCAUUCAUUUGAACAACAUGUACGAACACAAGCAGCACCUCCACCAUUGACAAUGCGUGAAGAAGAAAUGCUUGAAAUUCAUCAACGAGAAGCUACUGCCGAUAUUAGUAUUGAUACUCGUCAUCCAACAUUACAAGGACUUACAUUUCCAUUAGAUGAAAAUGUCAUUGAAGCAUUACAUCUAUUUAAAAAACAUAAUGUUGAUUAUAUACAAUUAGAAAUAGAUCACGAAAAAGAACGUAUACUUUUGUCUCAUUCUGAAUCUCAUGCAACACCAGAACAUAUUCAAAAAUGUUUACCUAGUCAACAAGGACGAUAUCAUAUAUAUAGACUAAAACAUGACUAUAAUCAAAAACAAUUUGACUCUAUUUUUUUUCUAUACUCCGUACCAGGAAGUGGAUCAAAAGUAAAACAACGUAUGAUGUAUGCUAGUUGUAAAGAAAGUGUUAUUGACAAUAUUGAAAAAAGAAUGGGUAUUAUUUUCGAUAAAAAAUUGGAAUUAUGUGAUCCAACUGAUCUGACAAUGGAAUAUCUCAUGCAAGAACUUCAUCCUGAAAUCUUAGCAAAUAAAGCUAAAUCAUCAUUUGCUAAACCAAAAGCACCAUCAUCACGUGGUCCUCGUCGAUUACUGAAAACAGCUGAUACUCCAGAUGAAUGA